GGGGAGGGGACCAGGCAUUUCAGCAGAGCUCAGCCGGCAGCUGCAGCCUCCGGACUUUCACUCCCAGCUCGCCCCCCUCGCCAGCAUGGACGGGAAAGCCCUGGCGCUGGUCACUUGUCUGCUGCUCUCUCUCUCCCCCUCGGAGGAGAAACCCGUCAGCCUGACCUACCGAUGCCCCUGCAGGUUCUACGAGAGCAACGUGGCUAAAGCCAACAUCAAGCACCUCAAAAUCCUGACCACCCCGAAUUGCUCACUGCAGAUUGUAGCAAGGCUGAAGAACAACAGUAAGCAAGUGUGCAUUGAUCCCAAGUUAAAGUGGAUUCAGGAAUAUCUGGAGAAAGCUUUAAACAAGAGGUUCAAGAUGUAAGAGGCAAGCAUUGUAAGCCGUCUACAGGAUUUCUUACUGUAGGACCCAGAGAGCAGAUAACCAGUAUUAGGGAAUGAAUGCAUUUCACUGUUAUCAUGCAGCACAAAGGCAAGGCUUCAUGCAUUUCCAAAGGCUUUUUUUUUUCUUUUUUUUCACAAAUUGGCUUGCUUUCACAAUACAAUUUUAUGGAGUAAUGUGUUUGUUUUUUUAAAAAACAAUCUUUUCGUAGUUUGGUUUAUCAUCUAGUGCUGGUGGCAGUGAUGAAUUUAGAUUAACCCUACAUUAUAAUAUCGUUUUCCUUGCCUGUAUUAUUUAGCAAUCGCUGUUAAGUUCAUGCCAGCAUCCAAGAGUUUUUACCUAGCAGGACAUGAGCUGUGAGGUGCAAUUCGAUCGUGUAAUUCCUAUGUUCCUAUGCUCCCAAUGACUCAGCAUAAAAAGCAAUGCAUUUUCCCAUUCCUUGUCUGCAGCCCUACUUGAGACAGAACACAGGGUUGGAGAGUAACACUCGUGCUGGCCCGAGUCAGCACCGUAGAGCGUGAUUUUGCGACUGCGUGUGCAGGCAAAUGUUCCCAGUUCCCAGGAGGAGAUGCCUCUGUCUGCUGGUGAAACGAUCUAGUGUCCAGAGCUCCAUUUGCAACAGGGUAUCACCCAGGAGAGACAUGCCACCUCCGGCAACCCCACAGGCCUGUUAUUUCUCCCUCUUGAUUCCCAGCUCUGUAACCACAUAUAAAGAUGUAUAAAAUAUGAAAUGGAGAGGAAAGGUAUCUCAGCGACGGGGCAAUCUCUUUGUUACGCUGUGCACUGAGAAAUGGGGAAAACGUGUCUUGUCCGAACCGCGAGCAGCAAAAUAUCUGUGUGAUGCCCAACAUUGUGUAUUGGGUGGGUUUCUUCAGAAGGAAUCUCCUCCUUUAUGUGGAGUUUGUAUUCUGGGUAUGCAAGGGCUGUUAUAGUAAGCACUCUCUUCUGUUGCAAGUAACUUACAUGCCAAAGGACCAUUCUGUCUAUCCCAGGGAUGUCUUAUUUUCCACUUUGGUCACGGUGGCAAACUAAGUAUUCUCCCUACAAAAUGAUCAUGCUAGCGCAGGAUGUGCUUCUGUGGGCACCGUGUGGCCCCAUCAGCAGCUCUGCCGGAAAACAGUGCAGGUGAUUUUUUUUCCCUACCCUACUAGGUUGGUGCUUUUAAGUCUUGUGCACCCUUUUUUGUAGGCAUUUGGGGAGUAGGGAUCGAGCACCACUCACAUCAGUGGCAGUUUUACAGCUGAUUUCAAUCGGAGCUAGAUCAGACCCUCUGUCAUCUGUGUAAAGGCAAAAAGAGCUUACCUGACCAAGAAACCCAUAGACUAGUGCAUCUUCCAUAUUGUGUGUUUUAUCACCUAGGGGCCAGACUCCCUCCUGAUAUGGGCGCCUGCAGUUGCCAGUGACUUGGCUGGAGAGUAUACACCUGCAUCAGAGUCAGGAGUUACCCUCAGGUUUUUAAAGAAGCCCUGGAGAAAGUGCCUAAGAAUUUCUGUUCUAACACAGAAUUAUAACCUGUCUCCCCUACCUGCUGGACAGAGACUCCUCACGCACGCUGUCUGAACUGGGCACCAGCUCAGAUCCUGCUCCCAUUGAAGCCAGUUUAGACGGAAAUCUCACUCUCUGACUCAGGGGUGCAUUUAGCCCAACAGUGGCCCUUUAAAACCUGAAACCGUGUUCUGCCUUCCAUGAGGAACCCUUUUAACCAGCCCCCAGCGUGAGGACUGACAGAGCCAGCUUCAGUGGGUCAGUGCUCAGAGCACUGCAUUUGGCCCUCCCCCAGGCAGGGUAUGUCUGCACUGGAAACUGCAGAGCACUGCUGCAGGAGCGCUCCCGCGGCAGCGCUUUGAAGUGCGAGUGUGGUGGCGUGCGAGCGCUGGGAGGGAGCUCGCCCAGCGCUCCUGGGACUCCACCUCCACCAGGGGACUAGCUCCCAGCACUGGGAGCCUGUCCACACUAGCACCUUAAAGCGCUCAGGCUUGCUGAUUUUUUCCCCCCCCCCCCGAGCCAGCAAGCUAGAGUGCUAUAAAAUGUAGGUGUAGACAAGCCCUCAGUCUCUCUGCCUUCAGCCAUCAUAACUGGUGCAAACCUUAGUGUAGACAGGACUAACCACUGUAAGCCGUGCAUGGCACCGGUGCAAUUUCCCUCUGCCAAAGACAAAAACAGCCAGCAAGGCUGGUGCAGCAGCACGGAAGGGCAUUUGUCACUUGGAGGGCUGUCCCAGUCACAUAGGGAAGUAGAUGCUUUGUGGGAGAAAGGAACAUUAAUGACCUAUUUUAUGGGCUAUGAGCAAGUGGCUGGCUGGGGUCUCUGAGGGUUCUGUUGCUUGCCCUGUGGUAUUUGCAUCAGAAGUGUUAAUCAGGAAACAGUAAGGACAGACAGGCAAUUUACACUAGAGCAAUCAAUCCCUGUACAAUUGAAAGCUUCUUGCACUAUUACUUGAAGUGUGCUCCACUUCUAGAUAAUCCUUAGCCCUGCCAUGAGUGCAGGGGACUGGACUAGAUGACCUCUCGAGGUCCUUUCCAGGCCUACGAUUCUAUGAUUUUAUGAUUCCUGUGUCCCUCUACAAUGUUAGCAAGUUGCGGGGCAUCGGUUUCAUAAAUCUGGUUCCACGGAGAUGGAUCCGUGGUAAGUUUUGCUUUCUACAUUUGGCUGUCGACCAAAGACAAAUUCAGGGGAAGAAAGCAGGGGCAUACAGGAGUAAUGCCAUGGCUGGCCACACGUGAAUGUGUAGAGGAAGGGAAACAAAAUAACACUGAAAUGGUGCCAAAAGAGCAUUUUCCACAAA